AUGGCGGAAUUGGUCCGCCCCAGAAAACCAAAACAUCGGGAAAGGCCACAGAGUGAUCACGCGCCGACUAUUCCCGAUCGUCCGGUGCUUGUAAAUGGGAUGAGAUUACCUGUGGCCCCAUCGCAUGAUAUUCAACAAGUACGGGAACGGUCAGCGUCACCAGAGCCAGAAGAGCAAGUGCUGAAUGACGUUGAUGAAUCUUCACGCUCUGAACGAGAGUCUGAAAGCACGAAGGAUGUGAGAAGCAGUCCUGUUCGACCAGCACCCCCUCCGCCGAGAGCAGUUUCACAAGAAAGAGAUGCUCCUCCAAUUCCUCCUCGAAGUCUGGUUUUUCCUCGAAGUUCUAGUAUGGUAACAGAAUCUACAAGAGAGCCAGCACCUGUAGUAGUUCCGAAAAGAAACGUCGCAAUGGCACCAUAUCCAACAGUUCCGGAACUUGCAGAACUCCCAUCUUAUACUGCAGCUCUUCAACAUCCACAAAUGUAUCCUGCAGUUAGUGGAGGUCAAUUACAACAUUCCCAUUCUGCAACUGCUAUUCCUGAAAAAACACGUUUCUCCGCACCAGUUGAACGAGAGCGAGUUCGAGAAGGAGAAGCUCCUCCAAUGUAUCCAUCAAUCAUUAAUUAUGAGAGAAACGAGCAUGGAUUGAUGACUGAAGAAAAUUUGGUCACGUUUUACCAUAAUCCAUUAUACGAACAAGCAGAGAUAUUUGUGGAUCAGUUCAUCAAAGCAGAAGAAGUGGCAAAUCACUCUGGAUCCCUAUUCCCCCUUCUAGCAAGGCUAAAAUCAGUUUGUGACCUGAUGACUGUUAGUGAAGUGAAAGGAAAAGAAAACACAGACGAAUUGCAAAAAUGUCUACGAGAGUGUUGGAUUCAGCAGACAUUAUCUGUCGAAGCCAAAGGAAAAUGUGGAGACAACAAUGAUGGAACCGGAAAAGCGACUUACUUUUCAUACGAAUUACAACAAGCAGUGUUGGAUCAAAUGAAGAAACUUCUAUCAACGAAUCGAACCAAUCUUAUGGAUCAUACUCUUUGUGAAGAAACUUCUUUUCGAUCAUUGGCUCUUCAAAUUCAAUGGCAAAUUAUUAUUGUCAAUAAUAAUUUUAUGGCUGAGAAUGGGUUGACAACUAACUGCCCACCUAAUUUGGUCGCAACCGGAAUGAUGACACCUGGAAGGAUUGCACUUCGAGCCGCAAUAUCCGACAUAUUUUAUCAUCUCCGUUAUCCACGACUCCCUAAACGUUUCAUAGACACACUUGUCGGUUGGAUCAAAGAAUUGACUUGUAUAUUAAACAUGCGCCAAUCCUGUGACGAUGGUAUCUUCAUAUUAUGCCAUCUUCUACGUCUUCCUUCUCCAAUUGAUCAAUGGGCAGCACCAUUUGUUCAAACAUUCAUCCAAUCACAAUCACCACCUCGAUUAAAACUGGAUUACUGUGUUGCACUUCUCACACAUCUUCUCAAUCCGAUAAAAGCUCGUGAAUCAUUUCUUCGACAUGUGGCACAAUCAGAAAAAGAAGAAUCAACUUGGGAAAUUCUCGCAGAUGACGAUGAUGGUGAAGCGAAUGAAUUCUCGUUUGUUACAAUCAAUGAGUCUGAUCUGACUGCUUUCCUUGAUCAAAUUCCAAUUUCUGAAAUCUAUUCAAUUGCUUAUCUUGCUUUUACUUCAUACUCUGACAAAGGAUCUCAAUUUACUGCUAUGGUUGCAUUCCAGCUUUUGCUCAUGAAAAUUCUCGAUAACGGUUUGACAAGUUACUCUCAGCCCGGGUACAAAAUGUUUUGCAAACAAAUUGGUAUUAGUCUCAAGCAUAGUGUUCGAGAGCUCUGCUCCAAUUGGCGUCUAGUUCGAGAUCAGAUUCAACCAGGCGAGGAAUCACAUCUUCAAAAAGAAGUUGAUCGAAUUGUUCUUCUUGCUCUAAACUAUCUCAUUCAUCGAGACAGCGUCGGAUUAUUUCAAUUCGUCGUGGCAUUACCGUAUGGUGUAGUCUCUGAAGAAUGCAGAAGUCGAUGCGAAUAUGCGCUUCGUUCGGAAAAGAAAAUGACUAUUCAUGAAAUAUACGAUACACCAAUUUGUGAAGUUCGGGCUAGAAUCAGCAGUCAAGGAAUUUCCAAAAGAGUUGCAAGUCUUGGAGCGCAGGAUUCAGAAUUUCUGAUCAACUCUCUAGCAUCGAUUGGCUCCUAUUCCAACUCAGAUGUGGCCCAAUUAUUAAAAGAGCUUGUUGAUGUCUGUUUUUGUGAUGAAUCAACUCGUGACGAUUUCUACAAGUGUGGAGGGGAAGCUAUCGGACAGAUUCUAACGAAACGUCCUGAAACAUUACAUCAACUACUCACGAUCGUCGACAGAAAUCUUCAGCACAUGGAUUCUUAUGCUAUCAAUGUUCUCUCUUCGUCACGUCUUUUUGAAUGUCGUUUGACAGAACCAAUGAUCAGUAUAAUCGGAAAAUGGCUGAUAAACAAUCCACCAGAGCACGGAGCUAACCGACUUGCUCGACGAGUAUUAUCUGGAUUGCAUUGGGGAUUGGCGGCUGAUGGUCAUAAUUUGUGGAUCGAUGUGGAUGUGCACGUAAUUGCUGCAGAUACAGUAGUUAAAGCACAUUCAGUUCAUUGUUCUCGAUCAAACAGUAUGAUAUCAAAGUCGAUAAGUAAGAUAUCAAAAUUGGCUUCGAAAGUUGGCGAUGCCGAAUCUCUGUUUCAACAAUUUUGUUGGGAUCUUCUUGUGAAACUGAAGUUACCGACAGUUCCUGUGGCAUUGGUUCAGAAUGAUUUGACAGCCCAUUAUGUGAGGAUAGUUCAAAAUUAUGAAGACGAUGUUGUGGUUUAUUUGGAAAAGGCAGUUCCUCUACUUUCGGAUCUCGUUUCGUCUGGAAGCUCCGUCGCGUCUGUUGUUCUGUUAUCUCGUUUGAUUGCUCAACAUUAUCAGAAAGUAAACUUGUUGGCAGCGGACAAAAAUUUUAUGGCAACAUUCGAACGUCUCCUACAUGUAGAUCAACUUCCUUACGCAGUUCAAUGGCUUAGUGGACCAUCUUCGACGCCUACUCCAAUCGUCAGACUCAUUUGUUCAGCCAUCUCGUAUUAUUCUGUUAAACUUCCGGAGCUUCCGGAGUUUCUUCGUGCAUGGAUUACACUUCUCUGCUCUGCGAGGACCGGAUGGAAUGAAGAUGCAGUUACAUAUCAGAUUGUUGGAACGAUUGCAAGGAUAGCAUUUGUGAAUGAUACUCAGAAGCUUUACGGAAUAACAUCGAUUAUAUUCCAAGCAUACCAACAACAAAUGGCUGCAGAGAAGAAUCAAUCGAAAGGACUUCUGUCGAUGUUUUCAUCAGACAACACAGUUUCUCCACUUAUUCCUGAUUCCAUGCUGGCUAUUUCUCCAUUUGCUUCGUACAUUAUGUUAAGAGUUGAACAAAAAUCGUUCAAUACAUUCUACGGACAUUUAUUCGAGGCUCUCGGCAAAAAGGAUAAGUAUACUCUUGAUAAUGCUGUGAAGAAGGCAGCAUCAAAGUGUUCAAUGACGCUCCCAGUAGAAAGAAUCGCAGUUUUCCGUUGGGCGAAAUUGGUAACAGUGUGUAAAGACUCUCCUCUUCUCCCAAUUCUACUACAACAACUCUCUGGAUCGGCAUAUCGACUCCGAAAGGCGAACAACCUAAAUCUAUGUUACGCUAGACGCCUAAUCGAUGAUCCACAAGUACAGGAUGUCAUGUCAGAAUGUAGGAAAGCAAUUGAAGAAACGCCAGUGGAAUCGAAAGGACUCUCGAAAGCCGUUGUGGGUUGGCUAUUCACAAAACACGAAGUAACGAGAACUGGGUUUGACUUCUCGGUUUUCGAUCUUGAUUAUCUUCUUCAACUGAUUCUUGCCGGUGACAAGAAUAUGUGGCUGGAUUAUGUAAAUAUGUCACAAUUCGGAUCGGAAUAUAUUGCUGAACAAAAACUUUACUCGACUACAUGUCAACUCUCACCAAAAAAUCGAGAUUCUCCUACGCCGCCAGAAAUAGGAUCACCGCGUACUCGGGGAACAGCAAAACCAUUCCCAGUUUUACCUGUGCAUUCUGGAUUACCACAAGCACCUGCAAUCGAUCCUUCUAUGAUUUUCCAACAACAUUUAGUACUUCAAGCGGCUGCACCUUUUAUUUCUACGAUAAAAAAUUUGGCCAAACAAUACACUGAAUGUGGAGAUCGAAUGGAUAUUGACGAUGAUGCCUACUGUAAGCUGAUCAGAAUACUGUAUCAGCCAACGCAGCAGACUGUUCCGGUGGAAAUUCGAUGUUCUUAUUGCUCUAAACCGAAGCCAUGCACAAUGGCAGUGAAACCAAAUGUUUUGAGUCCAGACACUGAUGUUAAAAUGAGUCAGAAUCGAAAUAAGCGUAUCGAGUUCUGGAAUGAACUAAAUGUUUCUCUCAUUGAUAAAGCAGCAGUGGCUACAGCAAGUGUUGAACACCUAUCUCGAGUGAUUUCGAAGUUAGCUGGAGGUUUACAUCAAGCAACUAGAAACAACGCUCAAAUCACUGGACAUGCUCUUUUCUAUCUUAUUACUUCUUCAGUUGGAGAAAAUGAGCUGUUGUUCAGUGUUGCGUCAGAAUCUUAUAGUCAUUCACUUAGAGCAUUGGGAGAGGAGUUCGUCAAGUUCCGCCCAGAAGAACAAAUGGACGUCAUGCAAUUAGCACUAAACGGAUUCGUGCUCUCUGAGCCGCUAGUUGAGGUACCCUUUUUCUUCAAUCAACCAGUUUCAAUUAAUUUCCUCGCAAGAAAGGAUUAA